AUGGUACACGAAAUACUUCCUCAAAACCCUCUCAAAGACGAGAAGAGAGUGCAAACUGAACCUCUCUUUGGACAACUAAAUGGUGCGAAAGAUGUACUAAGCUCAGAAGGUGCCACCAAGAAAAUGCAGCACACUGGCCUUUACCUCUCACAGGUUGAACGAGACUCGCUAGGGGAACGGCCUCAUAGAGGCUUAGCAUCCACAAUCGCCAUCGUAACGGGAGCUGGCGCCCGAGGCUACUCGAUUGGGAUUGGCCGAGCUGCAGCUAUCAUGUUAGCAGAAGCUGGAGCGAAUGUUAUCUGCGUGGAUAAAGACCACGAGUCGGCGCAGAGGACCGUCGAAAUGAUCCAAUACCUCCAUCUGGAAGGAAGAGCAGUCGCCUGGACUGCGGAUAUCACCAACGAACGCCAAUGUCAAGAGGUGGUCGAUUUUACAUUGCGCGAGUUUGGGAGAGUCGACAUUCUCGUAAACAACGUGGGUAUUCAUGGAGCCAAAGGAACGGCCGAGACAGUGGACCUAGCAUACUGGGAUUCCGCGAUGCAGGUCAAUGUCAAAAGCAUGAUAGCCAUGUCGAAAUAUGCCAUUCCGGCUAUGAAACAGGAGAAACCAGGCCACUAUGGGAAAGUGAGAGGCAGGAUUAUCAACAUUGCAAGUGUGAACGGCAUCAGAGGAGGGUCCCCAGACAUUCUCUACCCGACUAGCAAAGGGGCGAUAGUGAAUAUGACUCGAGCAAUGGCAGCACAUCACGGUCCGAGCGGUAUCACCGUCAACUGUGUCUGUCCCGGGGCUGUAUACACACCCAUGGUCGGGGGGUUUGAAGGCGGCACCAUGAACGUGGAGAUUCGCAAGAGCAGAGCUCAAAGAAGUCUACUGGGAACGGAAGGUAACGGCUGGGAUGUCGGUGCCGCCAUUAGAUUCUUGGCCAGUGAAGAAGCCAGGUGGAUUACAGGAGUCGUCCUGCCAGUCGACGCUGGAGCUACUGCCGCCGUGGGAUUUGGGCACAACAUGGGACAUUGA